AAGAAGUAUCCUGCUCAUAACAUGUCACCCAAUGGAGGGAAGGUCUGCUCUCAUGGCUGCACUUUCCUUUCCUCGUUUCUCUUCAGGCGUCUACUGCGAAUGUGGGUCGAAGACUUUUCAUCGGACAAACAAACAAGGCGAGGUAGUUUAUGGAUAGAGCAUAGGAACGCCUAA